GUCCUCUGCACUUCUGCAUAAACAUUCAUGCAGCAGCGUUUGGCUAUUUUUGGCCAGCACUGAACAGCAGUCGCCCAGCGUCAAUCGUCGACAGCGUUGUUUAUCAUCCAUUUCUCCACAAACAACAUCUUCUCCAUCGAUCCCCUCCGUUUCUCCUCAAUAUCUCCUUAAAAAUUGUGUGCAGCUGCUUGAUUAGUCUGCGAGGCAGAUCAGAAAUCCUUGAGUGAAUAUUAUUAUUCCUAGCAUGUCUUCUUGCAAAUCCCGGAGUAUUUACGCCGCGACACCGCGCACCCAACGCGGUCUGCCCGUGGUUUUCGGUGGGGAUCCCAAGGGGAAGAAUUUCCUCUACGCUAACGGCAACAGCGUCAUCAUUCGGGAUAUCGCGAAUCCAGCGAUCUGUGAUGUGUACACGGAGCACUCAACUAUCGUUAAUUGCGCCAAGUACUCACCCAGUGGAUUCUACAUUGCCUCCGCAGACAACGCUGGAAAAGUGCGCAUCUGGGACACCACCCAGAAAGAGCAUCUGCUGAAGAACGAAUUCCAGCCCUUCGGCGGUCCUAUCAAGGAUCUGGCCUGGUCCCCCGACAGCCAGCGCAUCGCCGUGGGCGGGGAGGGCCGCGAGCGCUUCGGGCACGUGUUCAUGGCGGACACGGGCACCUCCGGGGAGAUCGCCGGCCAGAGCAAGCCCAUCAACUCCAUCGACUUCCGCCCGGCGCGGCCCUUCCGCGUCAUCACCGGCUCGGAGGACACCUCCGUCGGCCACUUCCAGGGGCCGCCCUUCAAGUUCGACAAGACGCUGAAUGAUCAUACCAACUUUGUCAACUGCGUGAGGUACUCACCGAAUGGUGAGAAAUUCGCCAGCGGUGGUGCUGAUGGGAAGAUUGUGAUCUACGACGGGAAAGAAGCGACAAAACUGUUGGAGCUGGGUGGCGAGAACAAAGCCCAUGCGGGUGGCGUUUACGCGGUGUGCUUCAGUCCGGACAACACUCAGCUGAUUUCGGCGUCGGGCGACAAGAGCUGCAAGCUGUGGGAUGUGUCGACGGGGCAGGUGGUGCAGGAGUACCGUUUCGGGGAGGAUCUGGAGAGUAUGCAGCUGGGAUGUCUCUGGCAGGGAGCGCAUAUUCUCUCCGUCUCGCUGGCUGGGUUUCUCUACUACCUCGAUAAGAACGAUGCCAGUAAACCGUUGCGAAUUAUUAAGGGGCACAAUAAAUCGGUUACCUCGUUGGCGGUGGACAAGCGGAAGAAGCCAGCGGAGAUGUUUACGGGCAGCCACGAUGGAUCGAUCACAUACUGGAACGCGGACAACGGCGACAACGACCGUGUAGCCGGCGGGGAAUCUAAACCGCACGCCAGCCAAGUGCAGAGUCUGGCGCUGCUGGAGAACACCGAACCCGGCCAGCUGGUCAGCGUGGCCAUGGACGAUCUAGUCAAGCAUGCCGAUCUCCAGAAUCACGCCUUCACUGGCGCUGAUAUCAAACUGCCGUCGAUGCCCAAACACGUGUCCACCGCUGCCAAAGACGGUCUGGCCGCCGUGGCUUGCAUGAAGCACGUCCUGCUGGUGAAAGACCGGAAGAUCGUCUCCAGCCUGGAUGUGGGCUACGAGCCCAAUUGUGUGGCCGUCCAUCCGAACGGCAAGGAGAUUGCCGUCGGCGGAAAUACGGAUAACAAGUUACAUCUGUACACGCUGGAGAACGGGAAGCUUGUCCAGGAGAAGGAAUCGCUAAACCAUGGCGGCGCCGUUGCAGCGGUGGCGUAUUCCGCCGAUGGGCAGUACCUGGUGGCCGGCGAUGCCUACCGGAAGGUCAUCGUGUAUUCCCUACCCGAUCACCAGAAGAAGCACCAGACGGAAUGGGGCUUCCACACCGCCCGCGUCAACUGCGUGGCCUGGUCGCCCGACAGUAAAUUCGUCGUCAGCGGCAGUCUAGACACCAAUCUCAUCGUCUGGUACAUGGACGAUCCCCACAAACACGUCAUUGUCAAAGGCGCUCAUCCGAUGAGCCAGGUGAACGCGGUAGACUGGCUGGACAACCGCACCAUCGUCAGUGUGGGCCACGAUGGUCACGUCAAGAUUUGGAAUUUUACGCCCUAAAGCUGCCGAACACGGGAGGGUCAGUGUCCGUUCUGCACCAGUAGUGUGCCUUCAAUACCAAAAGCUUCCUUUCUAAUGCAUGUUGUCAUUGCUGUUUGCGGCGUACACACCGUGUCCAUCCGUGGGAAUUUUUAACAUUUUUGUUUUCGUGCUCCUGAGCAGAGAAGAAAAUUUGUGCGUCGCAGUAAUUUUAAGUUUCGUUUAGUAGUCUUACAGUUUUUUAUUCACUGUUUUUCUGAACGGUAGUAUAACAGGCGAGCGCAGGGAGCUCACAGAAGUCUUUUUUGACAAAUAAAGGGGGCAAAUACCG